CAGCCACUUGAUCUUUCCCAAAUUAGAUCUCAACUUUGGGCCAAGGAGUCUCAGAUUGCUGCAAUGAGAUCAAAAAUUUCGGAACUGGAAAGGAAACUAACGAAGCGAAGUGACGAGUUUUACGAGCUGAUGGCCGAAAAGGAUAUGAUCGCUCAGCGAUUAGCGCAGCAAACAAAUGCUGAUAGUGUCGAAGAACUCAAGCUUGCCCGGAACUGUGCUUUCAUAAUCGCUAACUUCCGUCAUGGAACACUAUGCCAUUGUUCUCGUAAAGGGAUGCGAGAUACCGAAGAAAAGUAG